UAAAUUAACCUACAACCUCAAAGACCAUUCCUUCCUCUUCUUCUCCUCCUCUCCUUUGCUUACAUUUUCAGUUUCUUCAGCUAUUUUUGCCUCUGUUUUCUGAUAUCUUCUUCUUCGGUUUUCUUGUUUUCUCCGCUAUUCUGCUCUAAUUAGGCUAUUUAAUAUCUGGGUUUUAGUCUUUUAGGCUGAAACCCAUUAAAAAUCCAAUCUUUUUACAGAUUUGUAAAAGAACUCUCUGUUUCUGUGGUAUGAAAAAUUAAUGCUAAAUAUUGAUCUGUUAUUCAUGAACCAAAUUCAUGUCUCCUGUUCUUAGUGAAAUCCUUCGUUCCGGUUAUAUAAUCAGUUCUUCCCUUAGACGCAGAACUCAUCUUGUUCAAUCUUUCUCUGUUUGUUUCCUCUACUGGUUCUACGUUUUCUCAGAAAUCAUCACUUCCCCAUAAUUAUCUAUAUAGUUAAUUAUAUCUAGUUUUACCAUUUAUUAGUACUACUUUUAUUUGCUUGGUCCUGUGUUUUUUCUUGGUACUAAUAUUUGUUCAACAGCCCAAGAAAAUAAAACAGAGGGUAAAAUUUUUAAAGGUGUAUAUAUAUAAAAUAUUGUGAUGGCUACAUCUAGUGGAAAUUCAACUGGAUCUACUCAGAUUUUGAACUCAGGUUCUGAAGAAGAUUUGCAGGUUUCAAUGUUAGAUGAAAGGAAAAGAAAGAGAAUGCAAUCAAAUCGUGAAUCAGCAAGAAGAUCAAGGAUGAGAAAACAGAAACAUCUUGAUGAUUUAAUUGGCCAAGUUGCGCAACUGAAAAAGGAAAACAACAACAUCCUUAGCAACAUCAACUUGACAAGUCAACAGUACGCUAAUGUUGAAGCAGAGAACUCUGUUUUAAGAGCUCAGAUGAUUGAACUUAGUCAAAGGUUGCAAUCUCUUAAUGAAAUCCUCAGUUACAUCAAUUCCAACAACAACAAUAAUAAUAAUGACGGAGUUUUUGAAACUCAUCAUCAUUAUCAGGAGGAUAUGAUGAAUAAUCCAUGGAAUUUGAUGUAUGUUAAUCAGCCAAUUAUGGCUUCUGCUGAUAUGCUUUAUCAGUAUUAAUUUAAAAAAAAAUAUUAGGAAUAAUUAUCACCAUUAACUGUUUUAAUGGUGGUAAUGUGAAAUUAAUGGUGGUUGUGAUGAUGAGUGGAAGGAAGAAUGGAAGGGUUAUUUUAUUACUAGUAUCUUUAUUAUUAUUUGGUUUUAUUGUUACUUUAUUUUAAGCAAUAUGAGCAGUAGAUCUGAGUAAUAUUAUGAGUUAUGAGGAUUAUUAGAAUGAUUUAAGAUGAGUUGACUGGUCUUUUGUGCAUGUAAAAAGGGUCAGGUGUUGAUAUAUUGGAAUGAAUGGUUGUGAAUGCACUAUGUUUCUCUUUUUAAUAAAUGCAAGUUGUUUCUAUGUA